AUGUCUCCAACUUGUACCACAACACUGGCCGACUCUGAGCCGACCUUGCCAACUGCUCCUGCCUCCACGGGAGCCUCUCCCAAGGAUGCCGUCAGAAUCUCCAACCCACCAUGCAAGGACACAAUCACUGUUUUGCCGCAGACGAGCCAACUAAUUGCUCUGCUUACCUUGAUCCGUGACCGGAAGACUCAGCGGGGCGACUUUGUGUUCUACUCGAACCGUAUCAUCCGGCUUUUGGUCGAAGAGGGUCUGAACCAUCUCCCUGUCGUGUCACACCCCAUCGAAACUCCUCUCGGCACUCCGUAUACCGGUGUCAAGUUCCAGGGCAAGAUCUGUGGUGUGUCUAUCAUGCGCGCAGGAGAGAGUAUGGAGCAAGGAUUGAGAGAUUGUUGUCGGAGUGUCCGAAUCGGAAAGAUCUUAAUUCAGAGGGAUGAGGAGACUGCGCAGGCCAAACUCUUCUACGAUAAGUUACCAGAGGACAUUGCAGACAGAUAUGUGUUGCUACUCGACCCUAUGCUCGCUACCGGAGGCUCUGCUAUCAAGGCAGUCGAAGUGCUGCUCUCGCGAGGUGUCCCUGAGGACCAUAUCUUGUUCUUGAACUUGAUUGCAAGCCCAGAGGGCAUCGAGAAGUUCUCGGAGAUGUUCCCCAAGCUGAGAGUCGUUACAGCAUUCGUGGAUGAAGGUCUGGAUGAUAAGAGCUAUAUCACCCCGGGCUUGGGAGAUUUUGGAGACCGCUACUUUGGAACUGCCUAAGUCUCAUUCGUGACUUGCGAUAGGGUACAAUAGUCUCAUGAAGGUGGUAUUUGAGAUCCGUUACGUGUCAACAGGCCAUUCGGCCCAGCUGCAGUUGCUUCGAAAGAUUAUGGUGGUCGUAAGCUCUAACCAACAAACAGUAUGAUAUUUUGGAUGAUACGACCAUUGACAGGCAGGACCUUUCAAGCAGUAUCACUACUAGUCGCAAUAUAUCAACCUAUCGUGAUGGUGGUGCUCAUACAAUAAUGUCCUCUGCGAACGCGGCGUAUCUGUUUCCCACGACAAGCUCCUCCAUC